AUGGAACAGCGAAACAGUGAGCGGGAGGACGAGAUCGAUCUCACGCUCUCGCUCGCCCUCCACACCUCGCCGGAGCCCAGCGGCUUCUUCCUCUGCGUGUACUGUGACCGCAAGUUCCGCAGCUCGCAGGCUCUGGGCGGCCACCAGAACGCGCACAAGCACGAGCGCAGCGUCGCCAAGCGCCGGCGGGAGAUUGCCGCCGCCACGCGCGCGCACGGGACGGCGCACGACGAGAGGCCACCCGGCGGCGGUGAAAAUUUCUUCUUGUCUGCGGCUGGGAAGGUGAGGAGGACCGAGGCGCGCAAGGCUGUUUCUGAUGCUCUGGUGCCUCAUGGCAUGGCGCGCAAGGGCGGUGGGAGCUCGUCGCAGUACGGCUACGGCGCCGACCGCGAUGACGAGGUGGACCUUUCUCUCAGGCUAUGA